CGCAUAACUGUAGACUGCUUCUACUGGAGGAGUCAUAGCAAGAGUAGACCACUCUGAAUGAUGAUAGCUUCUCGUUGCAAACCGCAGUCCAGCUAAUUUCUGACGACUUGUUAUGUGAAACUAAACUCCGAUUCUGAUGAGGACAUACACAGAAUCGUUACUGAAUAGAAGAAGCUCUUGCUGGCUGCCGAAAGAGGACAUACACAGAAUCACAUCCCAGCGGCUACGGUACGAGUCGUCGGAGCCAAGCCAACCUCCGUUCGUGCCGAGGCUGUUGCACCCGCACCGACGGCGACGUCCAGCCCGGAACAGCCUCUCCAACAACAACACGAACUGCGUGAUCGCAGAAAUAACGUAAUGACGCAUCUGCCCUCGCUAAAAUGCUCAGGCGUUGUAGCUCACCACAGGGCUCGAACGAUUGUCACCUCAGAUGCCGGGCGUCACCUCUUCGUCGCCGGCGAGCGGCUUGCUGGAGCUCCCUCGCAUCCGCACGACUCUCCCCGCCGCCUGCUCGAAAGUAGGAAGACCCAAGGCGCAGGGCCAUACGAAGGCGAAGGCAGGCGAGUGUGAUGAAUCUGCAUCGUCAGCAAGGGGUAUGAGCCCGCCGCCACAAGUCGACCCGGAGGCAGGGAAGAGGAGGUGCUCCUGGAUCACUGCCAACUCUGAAUCCCUCUACGUUGCAUUCCACGAUGAAGAAUGGGGAGUUCCUGUUCACGACGAUCGUAAGCUGUUUGAGCUGCUUACGUUGUCACAAGCCUUAGCUGAGCUCACGUGGCCAGUUAUUUUGAGCAAGAGGGAGGAGUUCAGGGCGAUGGUUGAUGGUUUCUACGAUGCAUCCUUGGGUGAGUUCACGGACAAGAAGAAGAUGAACCAGUUGCCAAAGUCAAAUGGAACAAGGCUGUUGUCAGAGCAAAAGAUGCGAGCUGUUAUCACAAACGCCAAGCAAAUUCGAAAGGUAGUUCAUGAGUUUGGAUCGUUCAGCAACUACUGCUGGAGCUUCGUGAACCACAGGCCCGUCACAAACGGCUUCCGCUACGCCCGCCAAGUACCCAGCAAGACGCCCAAAUCUGAAGCCAUGAGCAAGGACAUGAUGCGGCGAGGGUUCCGGUGCGUCGGCCCCACGACGAUCUACUCCUUCAUGCAGGCCGCCGGAAUCGUGAACGACCAUCUGCCGUGCUGCUUCAGAUUCGAUCAGGUUUGCAGACAGGCCAAGGUUGAUGAGAAGGACCUGAGAGCAGAGAGAAGAUCGAGCUCAUCCUCUUCAGAGGAUUCAGAGAUCAGGGGGUGUAAUUAAUCUCUGAACUUGCACUGAAUUGUGUCACGUGAUUACUUAUCUUGCAGGUGUGAUCAUGUUGUAAUUGUGUCGUUUGUUUCAUGGCAUUUGGACAGUGCACUUUGUGGUGUGUUAGCCCGUUAGUAGUAUCCAUUUGUAUAGAUUGUUGAUUUUGCAUGGUCAGGUGUGGUUUACUUCCCCAUUGCAUGUAACAUGAUUGUAUUGUGCGGUGUAAUGUUUCAUUGGUUUCGAUGUAUACAGGCUACAGUGAGUGGUGUGGUGUGGUUUUA